CCCGAGUAUAGUGUUAAUAUUUGUGAUGUUUCAAUUACAUUGGCAGAUACGAUGUCAAUUUGAAGCAAAGACAUGUGCUUGCUUGCUUGCUUGCCUGUCUAUAUAUGUAUGGCUCUCUUCUUGAUAGAUUUGAGUUGUCCCUCGAUGAAGGCCAACCAAAAAUUAUAAAUCCAGAAUUAAUCAUGUUACGCCUAACUCUCACCGCAGCGCUCCUCCUCCCCGUUUCUUUCGCGGCCUCCUUAUUACCUCGCGAUGGCUACAAAAUCCCAAGCACAUCCUUCGACUCACAAACCACCUUCAACACCUACUGGGCCUACAACUACCCUUGGGGAACCGAUCAUAAUGGCGCAGCACGCAUGGCAAGCUCGCAGGUCAAAGUCGGAGGCGGCCAGGUAACCCUAACCGCCGCCCCAACAACCGGCCAAGCUCCCACCAGCGGCGGCCUCGCAAUCCACUAUCUCUCCGGCACCAUAUACGCCAAGGAAUACUUUACCGUCGCUGCGAAUGGGGGGUACGAUUUCACUGGUGACUUCCUCGCAUCGACGGCUAAGGGGACGUGGCCUGCUUUCUGGCUUACGGGGGCGAAUUCAUGGCCUCCUGAGAUUGAUUUGGCGGAGUGGAAGGGGAGUGGGAAGAUCUCAUUUAACAGUUUGGGAAUCAAUAAUCAGUGGAUUACGAAGGAUGUGGCGUAUAAUUCUGGGAGCUGGCAUACGUUGAAGAUGGAGGUUAGGGAUCUGAAUGGUGUUGAUGUGCAGACGAAGUUUUAUAUGGAUGGCGUUUUGCAGGCAACGCAGACGGGUAAUGCGAUGGUUGGGAAACCGUUUUGGCUGAUCAUGGAUUAUCAGAUGGAGGGUUCGUCUGGAUCUCCUGGACCGACGUCGAGCACCACGUUUGCACUCAAGGGGUUUACUGCUUAUAGUUACAACGAUUAG